CACCUCUGUGAACCCCGUUUUCGCAAUAUUGAGACUCUUCACCGCCGAAUGCACCGUCAUUGUCCAUGAUUAGCUUGCCUCGCCGUCAGGCUGAGAGCUGAGUCCCAAGCGGCUCUUAAAUCCACUAACCCCAGAAUGGAAGGCCCGUGCCAAUGAGGCAUGGUUUUGCCUUCACGCCUCAACUACGAAGAUACGUGCCUUUUCGAGCUAUUCCUUCUAUAUGAUUCAUCUCUAAGCUGGUGAUAUGCAUAAAGCUGGCUCGCGCCUCCUCCCUGAGAGUGCGGUUAAGCUUCAGCCAACCUAAGUGUGCAGCCUAACGACACAAGCGUCUUCCUCAGCUCUAUCUAGUUUUUCAACUACAGACACAACAUAGUCCCAAUGUGUUCUCUCCCUGUUAUCCAUUCUACCCCUUCGGUGCAACCCGGAUCUGACGCCGGGGUUCCUAGCAACCAGCAGCGGGCGUCCAUGGGAGGACAUGGCCCUUUCGAAGGCUUUGGAAAAUCCACCAAGGGACAUGAAAUCCGGCUCUUGCAUCUCCUACCAGGGAAUCAGGACGACGACAUAAAAUGCACGUCACAGGUGGUGAGCCUAGACGUGUACGAGGAAUAUGAGACACUAUCAUACGUCUGGGGGAGCCGAGCUGAAGAAAAGAGCGUGGAAAUAUCCGGCCAUACCUUUCUCGUUACACAGAACCUCCACGAUGCGCUCAAAUACCUCCGUCGUCCGACCGCUCCGAGAACGAUAUGGGUAGACCAACUCUGCAUCAAUCAAUGGGACAACGAUGAAAAAGCGCGCCAAGUAGCCAUGAUGAGGGAUAUCUACAAGAGAUGCUCUCACUGCCUGAUCUGGCUGGGAGAAAUAUCCGAGACAGCCGACGGGUUCUCUGUGCGGGAUGUCGAAACCGCCUUCGACUUCGUCCGCGCGGUGGCAGCGAUAAAUACCUCGCCCAUUCAAGAGCUACCUAAACUUCUUGCCGAAACCGUGGAAGGCCAGGGAGCACGCAAAGCUUUUCAGGCCUUCGUUAUGCACGGCAAUCCCUGGUGGUCUCGCGUCUGGACCGUCCAGGAAGCUUUACUUCCUAUAUCGGCUGAACUGAUAUGGGGACCUCUCUGUCUUUCUUGGGAAGAUGUCGAAUUCGCAGCAGUCCAGCUCUGCAGGCACUUUCCGUUCCCAUUCCACAAAGAGCUGGAGCGGCACGGCGAACUCAUUGGACUCUUCCUGUAUCCCGUUCGCGGUCUCUCUAUAUCUAGCAACGGUGAAGAGCCGCUAGACCUGCUAAUGCGAUGGCGGUAUCGGGAAGCCACGGAUCCCCGAGACAAGGUCUACGCGCUGCUCGGCCUACUGACUUCGAAUGCACUUGCUAGCGCGCGAUACUGUAACUAUGACAUCUCCCCGGCUGCUCUGUUCACCCGAGUCACAUUGGAUUUGAUCCGACAAGAAAAGGGACUCCGGCCCCUUCUCGGUUCUGCCGAAUUACGGCACGUAACUCCCGAGUUACCGACAUGGGCCAUUGACUUUGCCUGCUCCAAUCGCGUCCACGGAAUGCGCCAAUGUAAGUGGUGGAACCAUUCUCAUCGGUACAAGCAGUUUGCCGCGUGCGGGAAGGUCGGACUACCGAUGGCGUUGUGGAAUGAAGGGGAACGCUUCUCUUUAUCUGGGGUUCUCGUCGACAAGAUCUUGGAAGUAAAUGAAGCUUUUAUGGUCGAUGCAAGCGAAGCUAUUGAUGACGGCAAGCUUCGCGAUGCAAUAUACGGCUGCCACGAGUUAGUUGGCCGUCACAACGGCUGGCUCACAGCUUCUCAAGGAGAGCAUGAAGCAUACAUCGCAGGAGGCUCAUGGUCUAACGCACUCUGGAGGACAAUGAUCGGCGACUUAAUAAUGCUCGAGGCUCCGCUCAGAAGAGCUCAAGCAUAUGAUGAGGAGGAUUUCUACGCAUUUCUCGAGGAAGGGGACCGCGGUCGGCUCUAUGAGUCGCUUUGCGGUAUGGUCGUGAAUCAUGCCUUCUUCAUCACCGAGAGGGGAUAUGUCGGCUUUGGUCCCACGGACGCCCAGAUUGGAGAUCAAAUCUGGGUCUUCUAUGGAGGGCAGGUCCCAUUCAUCAUGAAACGAUGUGUCGAGCAUAGCGGCGCCGACGAUGAGCGGCAUGAGCUCUGUUUAAUCGGGGAUGUGUAUGUGCACGGUAUCAUGGAUGGGCAAGCAGUCCAACCCGGUAGCCAGACACGAGUCGCCUUCAUAAAUUAGCAGCUGGGUAUAGGAAAGAGUCAAGGAGGACGGC